AUGAAGCACUCCACACAGUCAUGCAGUCACACAUCCCACGUGCCACUGGUGACUGGGAACAACAAGGGCAUUGGCCUCGCCAUCGCACGCGACCUGUGCCGGCGGUUCUCCGGGGACGUGGUGCUCACGGCACGGGACGAGGCGCGGGGACGGGCGGCCGUGCAGCAGCUCCAGGGCGAGGGCCUGAGUCCGCGCUUCCACCUGCUGGACUUCGACGACCUGCAGAGCAUCCGCGCCCUGCGCGACUUCCGCAAGGAGUACGGAGGCCUGGAUGUGCUGGUGAACAACGCGGGCAUUGCCCUUGCUACUAAUGACCCCACCCCCUUACAUAUUCAAGCAGAAGCGACGAUGAAAACAAACUUCUUUGGUACCCGAGACGUGUGCACAGAACUGCUGCCUCUAAUGAGACCCCAAGGCAGAGUGGUCACUGUGUCUAGCAUAACAAGCUUCAUAGUUCUUAACAACUGCAGCUCAGAACUUCAGCAGAAGUUCAGAAGUGAGACUAUCACGGAGGAGGAGCUGGUGGGGCUCAUGAACAAGUUUGUGGAAGACACAAAGAGCGGGGUACACAGGAAGGAAGGCUGCCCUGAUAUGAAAGUACUCACAUAUGGAGUGUCAAAGAUGGGUAUCACUGUCCUGUCCAGAAUCCAUGCCAGGAAACUGAGUGAGCAGAGGAGGGGAGACAGGAUCCUUCUGAAUGCCUGCUGCCCUAGGUGGGUGAGAACAGACAUGGGUGGACCUACAGCCCUUAAAAGCCCAGAAGAAGGAGCAGAGACCCCCAUCUACUUGGCCCUUUUGCCCUCAGAUGAUAAGGGGCCUCACGGGGAGUUUGUAAUGGAGAAGAAAGUUGAACAAUGGGGACCCCCCCCUCAUUUCCCUCCAUGGGUCCCAUUAUGAUACUUCCAUGAUAUGAACAAAAGGACUACACUGUUAACAAUGUUCAUAUCAGAAGAAGUAGAAGAAGAAGGAGGAGGAAAAGGAGGAGGAGGAAGGAUCACUGUCCAUAUUGAGUACUUAAAUUGAAUUGGCUACUAAUUCUGGGAAGUCUUUUGUGAUUUCUUCUGUGAUAUAUGAGAAGAAAAAGUGGAAUUAAUGCCAACCAACAAUGAAUGAAUAUCUGAAUAAACAAUUAUAAGUAAAUGUCCAUGUGUGCAGAUUGUUUCUUGCCAACCAGCCCCAAAGUCUAACAGACCCUAAGUUAGGUCAAGAGAAGGGACAGUUUAACUCAGGUGUUAGUAAACAUUAGUGAAAGAGGCACAUAAUGAAUAUUUUUGCCUUUGCAAGCCAGUGGUCUCUAAUCAAAUCUGCUUUUGUAGCUUGAAAGUCACCAGAGACAAUAUAUAAACCCAUAAUAGGGCUAGAUUUCCCUAACUAGCAUACUUUAUCAGCCUCUACUACAAAAUAGACAUCGUUGUGGUCUCUUUAAAUAGCAAACUCAUUGGGGAAAAAAAAAACCACAAUUGCAAGGUGUGAAAUGGGAGUGGGCACUAGAGGUGCAUCCAUAAGACAACCUGAGACAAGGAGGAAAAAUGAAUAAGGAUUGGUAUCAAUGGAUAUGAAAGAAUUACUGUCAGAUCUCAAGGUGAAUGCGCUAUUCAUGUAAGGAGAAACGGUCAAGUCUGUAACAUUAACAGUCCAGCAAAAUCUCUACAGAAGGUGAAGGAUAGUAACAUACUCAUCACUACUGAGGCUAGUUUGGAGGAUACAUGGGUGUCCACAGUCCUAUUCUUUCCACUUCUCUCUUUGAAAGCUUUCAAAACAAACAUCUGGAAACGAAAAGAUCCUGGCUCUGCCACCUACGGGUUGACCUUGAGCAAAAUCCUGCAUGUUGCUCUAUGUCAAUCUCCUCAAGUGUACAAUUCGGGGGAAGUCUUAGGAUUUCCAUGAAGGGUAAAGGAACUAAUACAGGUGAACAGGCUGAAAACAAGGGCGGUGCAAAUUGCCCUCCAUAAGCGUCCCCGGACUGGGACCUGACACAUCCAGGGCCCUGAGGGGAGCUUCUUACUGCCACACACCCAGCCUGGCUCCCUAGGGGCCUCCGUGAAUGCCCACCACCUCCCACCCCUCACAGAAGCAUCCAGAUUGUUCAGACUCCCUCCUCUCAUGAUUAUUUUUCAGUCUUCACCAGGGGUUUUUAGGCUGACAGAAAUGAGAACUGAUAGGCCCUGCAAAGCAAAGGCACGGUUUUGUUUUUUUCCUUUAAGUUUAUUUAUUUGGAGAGAGAACAUGAGCAGGGGAGGGCAGAUAGAAGGGGGAGAGAGAGAAUCCCAAGCAGGCUCCUUACUAUCAUCACAGAUUCUGAGGCACAGCACGAUCUCACAAGUCAUGAGACCAAUACCUGAGCCAAAAUCAAGAGUUGGACGCUCAACUGACUGAGCCACCAAGGCGCCCCAUGGGGUAAGGUUUCUAUUUGGAAAGAGGUUUCCUGUGGGGCGCCUAGGAGGCUCAGUCGUUAGAGCAUGGGACUCUUGAUCUCAAGGUUGGUAGUUGGAACCCCACGUUUGGUAUAGACAUUACUUAAAAACAGCCUUUUAAAAAAUAAAAUGAAAUAAAAAAUAUAAGUGAGGUUUCCUUUAACGUUUUCUCUUCAACAAGGCUGUUAAUUUCCUCCCUGUUAGCUUGUAUUUCUAAAAUGAACCUUGAGGAGUAUCAAUAUCAAGGACAAGACAUAUCACGUCUACUGCUAAUUUAGAAAUAUAUCCCAGCAUCACAGGUCUUUUUUCCUCAAUACUUUAAAAAUAACACCUAAUUACAUAUAAUACUUAUUAACUGUGACCUUAAAGAAAACAAAAAAGUAGGCACUACAUACAGGAAAACGGGAUUGUGUAACCAUUAAAUUACACAUUGCAAUCAUUGCCUUGGCCCACAUGAACUUCAUAAACAUUGCCUCAUCUGGGGGCACACUGGGACUCACACUGAGGGAGGAGCCCUGCCCACACCCCAGUCUCAGCACAGGACCUAAUUCUGUUUCUCACCCUUGAGAUUCUCCUAAGAAAGCAAGGAGAUCUGUAUGCUCAAUACCGGUUUUGUUGUAUGAACAAUUUCACUGUAUCUUAGAAGGCAACCAUUCCCAUUCUGCAGAUGAAAGGCCUAUUCCCAAGAUAAUUGCUCUCUUUUUUCUCCUAUAGAGCUUCUCCCAAAAUUGUUCCCUCAAAAGCUAUGAAACUUUAGCAUCCUUUUAAUCAAUCACCCACAACCUUUGUUUUGGGAAGCACAUCAGUACUCCUCAAAGCACUGCUUGGCUCAGAGGAGGGAUCCUAAGAGGACAGAAUCCUAGUUGGGCUCAGAGUGCAGCCCCAGGAAGGACAUAUCUGGAAUAGCGUUAUUAGGGAACCUCCUGGAACAUCUGGUCCCUGCUUUCAUGGAGGAACGGAGGCAGCGCCUGGGCUCUAGGAAUCACAGCACUGGAUCCCAGAACACAGUUCUACUGGCAUCUCUGACUGUGGCCAGGCCUCCGCACCACUAGCCCUCCGUGUGGCCCACAGCACCAUCAGCUCCACACACAGGACCUCGCUAUCCCUCCACACAGCCAUGUGUUCAGACACCGUGUGGCACUGGUGACCAGGGCCAACAAGGCAUUGGCUUCUCCAUCACGUACAACCUGUGCCUGCAGUUCUCGGGCAACAUGAUGUUCAUAGCGCUGGAUGAGGCGUGGGGACAGUCGGCUGUGCGACCCUCAGCCAAGGGCCUGAGCCCCUGCUUCCACCUGCUGGACAUCAAGGACCUGCAGAGCAUCUGCGCCCUGCAUGACUUCCUGCUGAAGGAGUACAGGGGCCUCACAUGUUGGUCAACAACUAGAGCAUCAUUUUCGAAGGUAUCAUCUUCGAGGUUAAGAACAUUGGAGCUCUUAGGCCAGGAAACCUCUCUUAGGGGACUACCCAGAAGCGGUUGGGGUGGGUGUCUGAAGCGCUGCUGUGGGGCCUACAGCUCUGAGGGGUUCUAGAACGGCCUUCGUAGGGAAAGAGGUCAGAUUGGACGUGCAGGGAGAACAGAAACCUCCAGCAGUUGCAAGCCUUUCCAGCCAGAGGACCUUGGCAUUGCCACGGAUCAGACUCUCAGGGACUUUACCCAGGUUUUUGAAAGAUUCUCUCUGUU